GCCCUUGUAUCAAUGUUGUUAACAGUUGCAGUUCCAGGUGUAAGAAUGACAUCUUGAAACAAAUGUGUAAAGAAGGACCAUAUGACCCCCAAAGGUUAAAAGUUGUACCAUAUAUCAUGAGAAACAAAUACUGUUAUUAUUGCAAUUAUAAAGCCCGUAAUAAUACAAAAUGUGGUGCCUACAUGGCUAAAAGGAAUCCAGACUUAGUAUCUUUCUUCACAUAUUCUGUACUGUUAGAUAUAGACCCUGGAGAGGGUGUGAACGUUGAUAUUGUCCCUGUUACCAGGUUGGCUGGAGUCGGCACAAGAUUCGUUAUACAGAACAAAGAGACACGUAUCACUAACUGUUCACCACCAUAUACAUACCACAAUGGAAAGUGUUUACUCGAAGAAAUCAUGGUGAUUAAAGCGACAUGUUAUUUCCAUGUCAUUAGUGGUGCCUGUAAAGAUGAUAUCAUCAAACUGGCGUGGGAGGUAUAUGACAAUAUCCUUGGUAUUGUUACAAAGAAAUGCUAUAUGAAUUGUUUUAAGGCAUGUGAGAUGGUUUUCCAUGUUGCUUAUGUUAACCAUACAGUCGACUGGAACACUAUUUUAAAAAGAAAUGAAGUGA